AUGGCUGCAAUCGGCCCACAGGGCACUCUGGCUCCUCCGGUCCGUCUCGCAGACAAAAUUGCCGAGUGUGAGGAGCUGAAGAUGGAGAAUCGCACCCUCCGCGACUCCAACGACGAGUUUCGCCAAGAGAGAGACGAGGAGGAGGAGGAGGUGGAUCGCCUACGAGAGUUGAAGGAGGAGAAGGAGGCAGAGCACGCGGAGGAGAUCAAGAAGGCCCGUAGCGGCACCAAGUGGGCUCGCCGCGACCGCGACGGCGCCAAGAAGAGGUUGAAGGCCCUUCGGGCUGCCUCUCUGGCUGUCGCUGCUGCUGCUGAGCGUAGCACCGCUCCGCUUCCUCGUGAGCUGGUGGAGGCGUUGGAGAAAUUGGCGGUGGAGGCGGAGAAGGCGGGGUGGCCGUGA